UUCUGCUCUCUCGGAAUGAAACCUAAUCGUUGAUCGAUGUUCCGUCAUAUUUCAUCUAUUUUAGUUUUCACUUUUGCUGGUAUUUGCAAUCGAUUACUUGCUAAUCGACGUUUCCCCGGACUGAUACAGUGGUUUCCUAUUUAUUUACUUUUGAAAUCGAUAGUUGAAUGGUCAAUAUAGAACAUUAGCAUGUAUAUAGAGUCCCGUAUAUCUAUUUACAUCCGUAUUUUUAUCUAGCUUGCAUCUCUGAGGUCGUAAUUGAAUUCUAGGGCUCCUAGAUUAUUGAUUUUCGCAUGCACUGUAGCUUGUGCAGUUUGGUCUGUAUCUCUAGUUCUUACUACUGGUCUGGAGUAUUUUACACUCGCGUUGCUGGUUAAUUUAUUUUACUGCACGUAUACUGAGUGAUAUUAUGACUGUCUGAGUUCAGUAGGCAUAAAAGCUCUAUUUGCAUAUCUAUGAACUAUUCCUCCAAGACUCAAACUCAAGCUAGUCCAGUAAUCUCGGGGGUACACAUUUCCUUGUAGAAUAUUGAACAAAAUGAAGUUCAGGGCAUUUCUAACAGACAAUGGUGUCAACCUCCUGGAUAAGAGGUUCCUUCCAGCUCUUGACAAAAUGGGAAAGAUCUGCUACCUCUACCUUACGAGAGACCAUGUAUAUUUUCUCCAUAACCUCCUCAAUGGUGAUGGCAUCCAAUCCAUUGCUCAAUUCCGCAUUGAGGCACUGUUUGAUGAGUAUCGCAUCUCUAGCCAAAAUGAUGAUCGGAUAUCUUUCACUAUUGAUCUUUCUCUUCUGCACCGUGCCCUUCGUAGUAUCAUUAGUAUUUACACCGAGUUCAGUGCUAGUCACGGUGGAGAUCCCGUCGGAGACAGUGCCCCUAACCGCCUCCAGAUCAAGCUGGUAAAGAAGCUCCCUCCUCAUUCUCAACAACCUAUGCCUUUUCUCACUUUAGAGGCAAAAGGUUACAGGUCUGCUGUUAUUCAAGAUGUGCCCAUCUCUAAGCCCUUGUCAAGGUCUGAUGUACUUGAAUUACAAGCAGCCCUUGAUAUGGCUCAAGAUUUGCCUCAGACACUUAUACGAGUCCCAGAUAUGCACCAGUUACAGAACUUCGUGGAUCGAAUGAAAAAUGUUGGUGAUGUGCUUAAUGUUUCUAUAAGUAAGUAUGGUGAUCUCCAUCUGCAAGUUUCUACUACCCUGACUACACUUGGUGCUGAGUUCCGGAAGCUGUUAGUUAUUGGAGAACAAGCAGAGAGCCCAACAGGUGACCAAAAUUUGAGUGCUCAGUCAAGAACAAGAAUAGCACUUCAGAGAGGAGAUGCAAUGAUGGUUCAAGUGAGUGUAAAGCAUUUCUUCAAGAGUCUUCAGUGUCACUUGGCAAAGCCCGAUUGUGCUUUCUAUGGUAUCGCUCAGCAGGGUGCGUGCCUAACAGUCAUAUUUCAGUUCUUCAUUCCAGGGACACAUCAAACAGAUAAGGCAAUUAGUCUACACUGCCGACUACCUGUCCUUGACCCUGGGUCUAGUUGAAAUGUCACUGAAUUAAGAUUUGUACUUCUUUGUCUUAGAAGUUCUUUGGGAUGUUAAUCAUCCUACAUUCCAUGUUGGUCAAGUGUGAGUUGUCAUAGCUGAACGCAUCAGUUAUCAUAACAUGGAUUAUAGUUUCCUGUCUGUUUAAUUAAAUGAAGCCUUGAUUGUGUGGAUUCAACUCUUUGUCCUGCACUGGUGCUUCCUCAAGACACUUCAGAUUUAUACAACUGCCUGGACUUCACCAGGGAAGAAUGGUGUCUUCUUUCUCCCUAAUCUUUUGCUAGUCUUGGAAGGUGUAAUAUGUGUUUUCCUGAUACUUGUAUGGUGUGUUCUAGAUUUCUAUUUUGCUUUGGUUUUUA